CUUCUUCUUUUUUGCAUUUAUUUGAUCCUGGUUGCUCUUCCCUUCUCGGCUUCUUUUUGUUCCUCCACCUCUCCAUUUCUUUGUGUGUGGCGACGAAGAAUAUAGUUUUCUACUUUCGGUCUCAUCAGAUCUAACGCUUCUUGUUAGGGUUUACACGAUCGGUCGUGUUCUUUUGUCUCCCCGUCUUCCUGGAUUCGACCUUUUCAGGUUUUGGUUUUCCUAGGAAGUUUGUCAGAUUCUGAUUUCGGAAGCUGUUGAAAGUUGCAAACGCUUCUGAUCUUCCGAUCGUCGACCAGAAUCGGAAGUUCAGCGGGUCUGGUCUUGUGGAUUUGUUCCUAUUGGCUUUUUACGGAUUUCUGUGUUGAUUUGGGCUUCUACGAUCUGGUUUGGGGGUCCAAGAGGUUAAAUUAGGGUUUUAUCUUCGGAGAUGUUGGGGACGGGAUUGCAGUUCGGGCGUGCCCAUGGAGAGGAUCGAUUUUACAAUCCGGUGAAAGCGAGGAGGAAUCAUCAUCAACAGCAGCAGCAGCAGCAGCAGCAAAAACAACAACAACAACAACCACAGCAACAAACACAGCAACAACAGAGUCAAAGAACUAGGAUUAAUGGACCUGUGAACACGGCAGUGUCGACGAAGGGUAAGGCCGUUGUUUCAGACAACAGAGAGCCGGAAAACCGAGCGGGAUCUGACGAGAAUUCGAAACCUAUGGCUACACCGGCUUCAGAAUCAAUUAUCGCUCCUCCCAGUAAUCUCGAUCGUUUUCUUGAAUCAACAACACCAUCUGUUCCCGCGCAGUACCUCUCUAAGACAAGAAUGAGGGGUUGGAGGACUUGCGAUGUAGAAUUCCAGCCCUACUUCACCCUUGGGGAUCUGUGGGAAUCUUUUAAGGAAUGGAGUGCAUAUGGCGCAGGAGUGCCUUUGAUACUCAACGGUAGUGAUUGUGUCGUUCAAUAUUAUGUCCCCUAUUUGUCUGGCAUCCAAAUAUACGGUGAAUCAAGGUCGUCUGCCAAAUCGAGGAGACCUGGGGAGGACACUGAUGGCGAUUAUUAUAGAGAUUCAAGUAGUGAUGGAAGCAGCGAUUGCGAAAUUGAAAGGGGGGUGAAAUUCUCAAGAGAGCUGUGGAAUCGUCACCAUCCAACUAGUGAGGUCCCUCUUCGUAUGGACAGGUUGUCUUUGGGAGACAAGCAUGUUUCUAUCCAAGAAGGCUUUUCUAGUGACGAUGGUGAAGCUGGGAAUUCACAAGGUUGCUUGCUUUUUGAGUUUUUUGAACAUGAUCCUCCUUACAGUCGUGAACCUUUGGCUGACAAGAUCUCAGAUCUUGCAUGCCAAUUUCCUGGACUUAAGACACUCAGAAGCUACGAUUUGCUUUCAGCCAGUUGGGUCUCUGUGGCAUGGUAUCCAAUAUACAGGAUACCCACAGGACCAACAUUGAGAGAUCUGGAUGCUUGUUUUUUGACAUUCCAUUAUCUUUCUACACCUAUUCGAGUAGGUGCUGGAAGCGGCGGAAAGUCUCCGGUCGUGACCUAUCCCAAUGGGAUGGAUGGUGUCCCCAAGAUUUCCCUGCCUGUUUUUGGCAUGGCCUCUUAUAAGUUCAAGGGGUCAAUGUGGACUCCGAACGGAAGAUGUGAGCGUCAAUUAGC